UAGUGGGAGAUCCAAAGCAACAGGCAGCUCGGCGGUCUAGUGGUUACCACGUCGACAUAGCAGUUCUGAGGUUGUGGGUUUGAAUCUAGGCUCGAGUCUUCCUGCGAGCAGUUAGCAUGUUCUCCCCAUUCCAAAGACAUAGCAUUAGCAUGUUAGCUUCCUUGACGACUGAGAAGUUUUCCGUAGGUGUAAAUGUGAAUGCUUGUUUGCCCUGGAAUAGAACCAGAUCAGAACUGCCAUCAGAAUCACUCAGAUCAGAAUAAGAUCAUAAGAACUAGGUGGGAACCACAUCAAAACUGCAUUCAACACAUCAGAAACAUACCAGAGUCACACCAGUAAAGGAUCACCCAGAUCACCGGAACCACAGCAAAACCAGAUCAGAAUCACAUGCGAACUUAAUAGGAACCAGAAUAUAAACAAAGAUUAGCAAAAGCCAAACCAGAUCAGAGCCAUACCAGAGUCACACCAGAGGAAGCGAAGAACCAGACCCGAACCACAGAAGAACCAGGUAAGAACAUCCAAGAGUUAGACAAGAAUGAUAUCAAAACUAGACCAGAAACAGAUCAGAACGUACCAAUCACACCAGUGUGAUAUCAGAACAGAACCAGACCCGAACAUACAAGUCACACCAGAAUCACAUCAGAACCAGAUAGGAACCAGAUCAGAACUACUGCUGAGACAGCUGGACCAGAUCUAAACCAGACAGGAAGCAGUGCAGACUAGAUCAGAAGGACAACAGAACCACCUCUGAUCAGAUCAGAACCAUACCAGAGUCACACCAGAAUAAGAUUGAACCAGAUCAGAACGGGAUGAGAACCACACCAGAAUUACAUCAGAACCACAUAAGAAUAAGACAAGAACUGGAUCAGAGUUACAUAAAAAAAAGAUCCAAACCAGACUAGAACCAGAUCAGAAUCACAUUGGAGUUACAUCAGAACUAGAUAGAAACCAGAUCAGACCCAGAGCAGAGCUACAGCGGAACCACAUCAGAAUGACAACAUAACCAUCUCGGAUCAGAUCAGAACCAUACCGGAGUCACACCAGAACAUGAUUAAGCCAGACCAGAACCUGAUCAGAGACCAUUCGGAAAAAAAUUAAAACAAGAUAGGAACCACACCAGAAUCACUUCAGAACCAGCUAGCCACCCAACCGGUACCACAGCAAAACCAGAUCAGAACCACACGGGUCUUCUUCUUGUCACCAGGAUUUCUCUUCAGGAACACCAAUGACGUCAUCAUGAAUCCUCCCGCAAGUAUCUUUAUAUGCUGGAUAUAUAAUAUGGAUUUUUAUGUUCAUAUUCAUGUUGAUGUGAAAAAAUCCACCCAGCUGUUUAAUCCCUCCUGAAUUGCGCGCACACACACACACACACACUACAGGGUAGACUUUGGAAUCCACAGUUGCCAUGGCGAUGGUAGAGCAACCACUCGCUCGCAUCGUUUUUCUCCCUCACUCAAAUCGCCGUCGCCUCUCCGCCGGCGAGGACAGGAAGCUCAGUCUUCUUCUUCCUCUUCUCCAUCCUCAUCUUCACCUUGUGUUGUUUCACGCCCUCUCUUUUCUCCUUCACCUUUUGUCUCGCUCCCCCCCUCCCUCCCUCCCUCCCUCCCUCGCUCCUUCCUUCUUUUCACCUCCGACGACAGUGAGGAGGAGGAGGAGUGGACAGAAAGCAGCAGACAGGUGAGGAGAGCAAACGGGAAAGCAUGGAGGAGCUGCAGAGGAGCUGAAGGAGGAGAAGAAGAAGAAUUGGGAAGAUUCUCAGGGAAGACACCCACCACGAAGAAGAAAGGAUGGAGGCAAAAAGCAGGAACGUGCCCUCAGACCUGAGCUUCCUGCCGCGUCCGGCGCUGGUGUGGUGCGAGCGCGGCAUUCAGGUGCUGCUGACCACCGUGGGCGCGUUCGCCGCCUUCGCCCUGAUGACGGUGGCCAUCGGCACCGACUACUGGCUGUACGCGCGCGCCUUCAUCUGCAACAGCACCGCCAACUCGUCUUCGGCGCAGGACGACAGCGGCGCCAAGGACAAGAAGGAUCCCGGCGCCCUCACGCACUCGGGACUGUGGAGGAUCUGCUGCCUGGAAGGUUUGAAGCGAGGUGUGUGCUCCCAGAUCAAUCAUUUCUCAGACGACGCCGACUACGACCAAGACUCCGCCGAGUAUCUGCUGCGUGUGGUGCGCGCGUCCAGCAUGUUCCCCAUCCUGAGCGCCGUGCUGCUUCUGCUGGGUGGCGUGUGCGUGGCCUCCAGCAGCUUCUACAAAAGCAAAAGGAACGUCAUCCUGGGGGGAGGAAUCCUCUUUGUGGCCGCAGGCCUGAGCAACAUCAUCGGCGUGAUCGUUUACAUCUCGGCGGCGCUCAGCGACAUCUCGCCCAAGAAGGACGAAGACAAGAAGUGGCACUACUCGUACGGGUGGUCCUUCUACUUCGGGGGCCUUUCCUUCAUCCUGGCCGAGAUGGUGGGCGUCCUGGCCGUCAACAUCUACAUCGAGAAGAACAAGGAGCUGCGCUGCCGCUCGCGCGCCGACCUCUUCAAGAGCACCACGCACGCCGUGAUGCGCCUGCCCAGCUACCGCUUCCGCAGGCGCUCGCGCUCCAGCUCGCGCUCUACCGACCCGCCGCGCUCGCAGGAGACGUCGCCCGUCGGGGCCAAAACCUUCAGCCUGCCGCCGUCCGCGCCCCCGUUCUCCGUAGCCACGCUACCCAACCCCCACCACGGCAGCGGCGGCGGCGGCGACAUCUCCAUGUACACCCUGUCCAGGGACGCCAAGCUGGGCAGCCUGGGCGGUGGUGCGCCGCCCCUCUACGGCACCAUGGAUCGCGCCGCUCUCUACCAGCUGCACAACUACUUCCCCAAGGACGGCGGCAGCGGCGGCAGCGGAGGGGCCGCGCACGUCGGUAGCGGCACGCUCCCGUCGCACUCCAAAUCCAACUUGGCGGCCGCCGCCCAGACCUCCGCCCCGCUGAAUAGCGCCGGUGCCGGCACGGGCGCCGCCGUCCCCGCCGGCGCCGCGCAGGCACCGAUGUCCACCGCCACCAUGGAGCGGGACAGGGGCAACGUGGGAACGCUGGACCGACUGACCGCCAAGAGAGACCGCGACAGCAACUCGGACACGCUCAACAGGAAAACCACACCCGUUUGAAAGUUGAUUGGUGGGGCCGGGGGAAGGCGGGGUUACAGUCCAAACAUGAGCCAAUUACAGACUGAGGAGGGCUAUAAAUACAAGAUUAUCUGUCCCGACAUUUGGGAUACGCAGGAGCCAUAAGUACUUAAACAUACGUCACAUGGACAAUAUCAUUCGCGCAAAUACACACGUGCGCACACAAUCGCCCAAACAAUAUCAUUCGCGCAAAUACACACGUGCGCACACAAUCGCCCAAACAAUAUCAUUCGCGCAAAUACACACGUGCGCACACAAUCGCCCAAACACUCAUAGAUGCACGCAAAUGCACACAGACAUUGACACACACAUUGAAACAAUUACACGCACACAAAUGCACGCAAACACACACACACACACACACAUUGCACACACAAAGAAAAAAACACAAUGCAACAAUCACAAACACACACUGACACAAGCAUGCACACACGUGCACAUAACACACACAAUGCAACAAUUAUACACAUGCACACAAACAUGCACAGACACACACACAGACACAAACACAAAAACACACAAUGAAACGCACACAAACACAAAGUGACACAAACAUGCACAAACAUGUACACACACAAAAACACACGGAUACAUCAACACACAUACACACAAAUGUUCUCAAAUAUGGACAAAUACGCACACACGCCCACACACACAGAAAACCACACGAACAUGCACACCCCGCACAUACGAUACACAUUCACACAAACACACACUUAGACAAACAUGCACACUCUAAACACACACGAAUGCAAACAUGCACACUCAUGCAAACAACCACAAUCACACACUCACACACACUAAUGCAGAUGAAAUGCACACAAACACACCAGGACUUGCACGCACACACUGUGAGCAUAACAUCAGUGCCAGUGAGCUCACACAAGAACGCCGCCCGGCGUUCGGGCAUUGUUGUCGUUCCUCAAUGCUGUGAAACACGAGCCGCUCCUGCCUUGUGUUCUUUUUUUUUCCUCUCAGGAACGCGACGACGACGACGACGACGACUGCUACGCGUCCUUCUGGAACACGACGACGUGACGAUGUCGAAGAUGAUGACAUCGUCGGCGGGUGAUCUCAAGUUGAUGACAUCACACUUGAAUGUGAAAAUGAUUUCAAGCGUAAGCUUCAGCAUUUGCGCCUCAAAACGAGACGAAAUCGACGCACGAAUUUAAACUUUGUCUUAACUCGUAAAUGUCAAGCACACCAUGACAAAUUCAUGUAGAAUAUUAUUAAUCACUAUAUUAAUCAUGUAUUUAUUCUUCAAUAUCUUCAAAGCUUUCAUCAACUUCAUCACUUAGUGUCUUGAUGGGUUUUUUUUUUGCAAACAAAUUACACAAUUGUUUUAAAAUAUUUUUUUUUUUUUUUACAAUUUGUAAUUUCACACUAUUUCUUGUACUUUUAUUGACAGUUUUGUUGUACGAUGGGCGCCUUGAGAUACAAGUUUAAUUCGUUCCGGGACCACGGUCGUAUCACAAAUCAUCCUUCCCCAUUGAAAUAAAUGGAAAUGCAAUGAAUCUGUCCCAGCCCCGCUUAAAAAAAGUGUUUCGUUUAUAAGAAAAAUUGCACUAUUUUACUGUACUAUACUGUAUAAAAGCAUUUUUUUUCUCUCUCCAUAUAACACGGAAAAUGCGAGCACAAAACUCGACUGUGCCUAAUGUAUUGUUCUUCCUUGUACUUGUGUGGUGUCGAUUGGCGGUUGGCAACCAGCUUGUUGGUGAAUUGGCGCCACCAACUGGUAUUGUCCUUCCACUGCAAGGAAACCAAUGUGAACUGAAGUUUGGCGGUGCCAGCUGGCGGUGACGAUCUGAAGCGCAAAUUUUUGUUUGUAUCUCAAGGCACCACUGUAAUUUUUUUGUUGUUGUUGUGUUUUUCCACUUUUGUUGUGUUUAGUUUGGUUUAACUCAGGCUUUGUACUUUGUUGUACUUUGUGGUCUCAGUGGAGUCCCAUGAACUUGAUUUUGUGUGCGCAAAAUGAGUUGUUUAUUUUCUACCAAGGCUUCUCUGUUGCUUUUUUUUUUUUGUUUCGUUUUUUUUUUUUUUUUCCUGGCCGCCAUUUGAACAACAACAAUAAGUAGAUAUAUUUUCUAAUGUUCUUACAAGCGUGUUAGUGUAGGCCAUCGUUUACAUUUAGUUCCUGGUGUUUCAUGUAUAAAUAUAAAUAUAUAUAUUAUUAAUGUGUGUUAAUGACGUUAGUGCUGAGAAGGGGCACUCUGUGUUUGUUUGUGUUGUGGACACAACAAUCAGCUGCUCACCAGGUAUUGAGUCUAUCUGAUUCAUUUUAAAAAGUAAAAAAAUAAAAUAAAAUCACUAUCUCCUUUUCUCAA